AGUCGAGGUACGGCCGCGGAGACCAGUCCUUUGGAUGUAUCGUAUAGGGACGAGUGGGCUUAUUCGGAUCGAAAUCAGGUAAAUUCUGCCUCAACAUAUGCUCACGCACUUUCCACCGUAAAGCAAGAUGUUUCUCUUCACCUGGAGCCGGCUUCCUUGCCCACUCUUCUCUUUGUUAUCGUUUGCUUCGCUUGAAGUAUUUCGUGAAACAUUACGUUGAGAUGAGCGACCAGAAGAUCGAGAAGAAGUCAGCUUCUUUUGCAAAUCCUCCACAAUUGCCAUCGUCCCGUAGACGCUGUUCAAACAGCGGAAAGCAUCGUUGAGAAGAAAAUAAGCAGUGGGAUUAUAUUGUCUGAUUUCCUCGUUUUCCUGGGAUGAUGGUACAUCUAGUGGAACUUCCUUGCGUUGCCGCGUGUGGUUCUCAGGUCUCGAAGAGAUUCUCUCUAUGCGUUGUAUUGGUGA